CAAGUGACUGUAUAUAUUGCGCUGUGCCUCAAGUCUGAAGAAUUCAUUCCCUUUCAGAAUUGUAAACAGUGGUUGUAACACACUUGAUGUUUAUCCAUCACUUGGAAUAAAUGAGACGUUGGCUAAGGAAUUGAGGAUUUAUACAGCAGCGAUGCCCUGUGUUCAAACUCAGUAUGGAACUGUGCCCUACGACAACAACUACUUCAGCUCUGAGUUCCUGAACCCCGAACUCAGUGCUAAGCUAACCAUGGACAUUGGUGCCGAGCAGGACCAGCUCACCGCCUCCUCCCUCCCCAGCAUCAACACCCUGGUGGGCAGCGGCUAUGUGGGCGAGUUUGACACCUACUCCUGCCAGAUCACCACCUCCACCGCCCCCUCCGGCCACUCAGCCGGCAGCACCUCCAGCCCUCAGGCUCAGCACUCAGCCUUUAAACUGGACGACAUCCAGGUAUAUAGCUGCUACCCGGGCUCCUUCGCCCUCAGCUACCUCGACGAGACGCUGUCCUCCUGCGGCUCCGAUUAUUAUGGCAGCCCCGCAUCAGCCGCCCCCUCCCCACCCACCCCGGGCUUCCAGAGCCAGCCUGGCCCAGUCUGGGACUCACCCUUCAGCCCCUACUCCCCAGACCCUGGGUGCUGGGUGGCCGAUAAGUCAAGCCUGGCUCAGCAACCCUCCUUCUUCACCUUCAUCCCCACCACAGAGCAGCACUCCCCCCUGGGGCAGCACCAGGGCCCCCAGCAGGGUGAGGAGGACCCUUUUUUUCAGCCCUCCCAGAGGCAUGCCUCCCAGCUCCAUUAUGCCCCCUUGUCCCUAGACCAGAGGUCCAUGGACAGCCCCGGGCUCAUGGAAAGGCACAUGUUGUCCCCUAAGACCGGCAGCCCCGGGGCCAACGAGGGUCGCUGUGCAGUGUGUGGGGACAAUGCCUCCUGUCAGCACUACGGGGUCCGCACCUGUGAGGGCUGCAAGGGCUUCUUUAAGCGAACUGUACAGAAGAAUGCUAAAUAUGUGUGCCUAGCCAACAAAGACUGUCCAGUAGACAAGCGGCGAAGGAACCGCUGCCAAUUCUGCCGUUUCCAGAAGUGCCUGCGGGUGGGAAUGGUGAAGGAAGUCGUCCGCACAGACAGCCUGAAAGGUCGCAGGGGUCGUCUGCCCUCUAAAUCCAAGACAGUGCUAGAGUCAGUGUCCACCACCCCACCCGUCAACAUCAUCGCCUCUCUUGUCAGGGCUCACAUAGAAUCCAACCCUGCCAUUGGAAAGCUGGACUACUCCAAGUACCAGGAGACGGUGGCCAGCCUAUCAGAGAAAGAGGAUGCCAAUGACAUCCAGCAGUUCUACGACCUGCUGACAGGCACCAUGGAUGUGAUUCGGAAAUGGGCCGAAACCAUCCCAGAAUUCAUCGCCUUCUGCCCGGAAGACCAGGAGCUGCUCCUGGAAUCUGCUUUUGUGGAACUCUUUAUCCUCCGGCUAGCAUACAGGUCGAGUCCUGAGAAAGACAAGCUGAUCUUCUGCAACGGCGUGGUACUUCACCGUAUGCAGUGUGUGCGAGGCUUUGGCGACUGGAUCGACUCCAUCAUGGACUUCUCCCAGAGCCUCCACCGCAUGAACCUGGACGUGUCCUCAUUCGCCUGCCUUGCAGCACUGGUCAUCAUCACAGAUCGCCAUGGCCUUAAAGAGCCCAAACGGGUGGAGGAGUUCCAGAACUGCCUCAUCACCUGUCUGAGGGACCAUGUGACCAGCAGUGGCUCCGAUGCGGGGAGGCCCCAGCCCAACUUCCUGUCCCGACUACUGGGGAAGCUCCCUGAGCUGCGCACCCUCUGCACCCAGGGCCUGCAGCGCAUCUUCUACCUGAAGCUGGAGGACCUGGUUCCCCCACCGCCCAUCGUAGACAAAAUCUUCAUGGAUACCUUACCUUUCUGAAAGGACAGAUAAAAAGAUGAAGAGGAGUGAUUAAGUGAUGAUGUGAGGGGACACAAAUACGAUAAACUGAGGAGGUGAAUAGGGGGCCGUUGUCCGAGUCCAUUACAUUUGGGACUUCUGAGUGUUGAAUAUGGAUAGGAGGCACCCCCCUCCACUGAAGUGGUGUGGACUUGCCCCUUUCCAGUGCACUGACUUAAUGACAAGUGUCUGAUUCUGCCUGUAUUUUUCUCACGUUUAGUUUUAAAAACAAAGACCUGUGGGUGGCAGAAUUUGAUGCCUAUUUUCCUAUCUGUGGACUUCUCAUGGACAUCAUCCAACAAGAGAAAAGAAGACACAAGUGGACAUUUCAAGUUUUUGGUCUCUUUUGUAAGUGUGAGUUUGUGGAGUGGCUUUAUCGCUAUGCAAAAUGUUUAUGUUUGUUUCUUUGUUGGCUGCAAAAUAUUGGGAGACAGUUGGUGUGUAUGUACAGCUCUGAGGGAAAUAAAUUGCAUAUGAUCACACCUGAACACUUAAACCCAAGUUCUCAAAAAUCCUAUGGAGUCUUCAUAUCCCAAUAGAUUUAAUUUAGCAGGUGUUCAAAGUUGAUGCGUCGGGAGACAAACAGAGUAAAACACUGGGGUCUCCAGUUCACAGGCCUUUCUUAACGACAACUGUUAGGUCCUACAUUUCAAAAGUGAAUAUUUUCAUUAAAACUGUUAUAAUAGCCAUUUGUAGUCCUGAUACCACACCUUGACAAGGUAUUGGACCAAAGGGAAACGUUCCAUCUGUCUCUCUGUGGUGAUAGCUGGCUAUUGUUGUGACAUUUACAGCUCAUCAACCCUAAAGCCUUAAUGUAUCUAAAAAGGUGCCAUCAUUUUUACUCACACCACACUGCAACAUUUCAUGUGGGUUUUAAUGGCAGGAGAAUCAUAUUACUGAAACAAAACAAUUAUUUUCCUUAACUCUGUUAUUUUAUUUUAAUUUAAUUUUACCUUUAUUUAACUAGGCAAGUCAGUUAAGAACAAAUUCUUAUUUUCAAUGACGGCCUAGGAACAGUGGGUUAACUGCCUGUUCAGGGGCAGAAUGACAGAUUUGUACCUAGCCAUAGCCAUGAGUCCUUAAAAAGAGAAACAUGCCAGCAGAUUUAAUGUUUGAAAAGUGCCUUUAAAAAAAGUUUCAAAUCAUUAAAUACUGACGAACUCCUGCGUAUUUAGGUUUUCAUUCCAACCAUCUCACUGCUAUAAAGUCUGUAAAUCUAAAACAUUCAAACAGACGAUUAAACAGUACGAUUGGCUGAAAUGAAAAUGUGCAUACCAAGAGAUACUAGGUUAGGAAUCCCAUGAUUUGGAAUAGCCUAAUAGUCCAGGGAUAAAAAUCAUAAAUACAUUUAUUUUUAUGAAUGAACGAUUAUAGCAUAGUAUAGUUUCACAGUAUAGCUGUAACAUGGAUCCACUCUAACAUGUGACUCUAUAGCUUUCUAUCCUUAACUAUGUGUACUAUGUGUGCUACUGCAAAUGUUGCCUUACACAUGCUCCUUCAGGAGGAGUGUGUGCAGUUUUAUUAUAUGUUGUUUUUAUUUUGGUCUUGAAAUGAACUUCAAGUGAUUUCUUAAGUCAUUACAUGGUGAAAUGUGACAAAACCACGAGCAGCUAAGAGCACUUCAGCGUUCUAACACAGUAUACAGAUGUAUAAAAAUGUUUCCUGCUUCUUUUUCUGUGUGUAUACUUACAACAUAAAUACUUUAUAUUUGUGAGUUUUCGUAAUGUGGUAUAUAUAUAUAUAUAUAUAUACACACACAGAGGAAGAAAAAGUUGAAUAUUACAUUUAAUAUUAAAAUACAAUUUCAAAAUACAA